AUGUCCGGAUUCCGCUCGAACAGGCCUCUGGAAGGCGAUUUUUUUGACCUCCCAUGGUUCCUCUACGUUGACCCCUCGCCCUCGCCCUCGCCCUCGCCCUCGCCCUCGCCGACGCUCGCCCUCGCCGCGCUCAUGACCGCGCUUCAUGCACACCUGCACACGCCGAUCGCCGCGGACGACUACAACGCCUCCGCGCGGGACCCGGAGGGCGUGCUCGACAUCUGUCGGACCGACGACCUGACGGACCGCAGGAUGCUGUGGGGGCUGUGGAAGGUCUCGAGCGGGGAGGGCGAGGAGGCAGGUUACUCGAUAGUCCAGCAUGCGGGUGAGAGGGUUGGGAGAGCAUGGCCCAUGGCACCUGUACGCAUCGAGAGACCCUUGCCCGCCGACCUGCCCGGGUCACCUGCGCCCGUGGCGAUCCCUAAUCGUCCUCUCGAUCUACCCGCGCUUUCUGGGUCCUCGGCCAACUUUCGAGCCGUCGUCCGUGCCCUCGCGUUCUCGUUCUCGCCCCGGAUCUGA